GCAGGACCUAUGGGUAGUGGGCGGGGCCUGGGUGAUACGGGCGUGAGGUAGACGCUGUGGUUCAGCCGGGAGAUCUUUAGGAUGUUGGCACUCGUGGUCUACGUGGCCGCGGCGGUUCUGCUUAUUGGCCUUAUUCUCUUCCUCACUCGCACCCGGCGCUGGACGCCAGAAGCUGGUCAAGAGCUACAGCGCAAUGAGGAGGCGCCAGGAGUAGUGUCCCGGGUGGGCCAGUUACGACCUCUGGAGAUGGAACAAAGAGCUGGAGGCAGACCACGCCGCAGGAGGGACCUGGGUAGCCGCCUGCAGGCUCAGCGUCGAACCCAGCGCAUGACUUGGGCAGAAGUGGAUGAGAAUGAGGAAGAAACUGACAUCCCAGCUCAGGAGGAAGAAGGCACUGAGACUCCAGCAGAAACUCAUCCGACAGGGAAAAUCGGAGCCAAGAAACUACGAAAACUAGAAGAGAAACAGGCUCGAAAGGCCCAGCGUGAGGCAGAGGAGGCUGAAAGAGAGGAGCGGAGGCGCCUGGAGUCCCAGCGGGAGGCGGAAUGGAAGAAGGAGGAGGAACGGCUACGCCUGGAGGAGGAACAGAAGGAGGAGGAGGAGAGAAAGGCCCAGGAGGAGCAGGCCCGGCGAGAGCAUGAGGAGUACCUAAAACUGAAGGAGGCCUUUGUGGUGGAGGAGGAGGGUGUGGGCGAGACCAUGACUGAGGAGCAGUCCCACAACUUCCUGACAGAAUUCAUCAACUACAUUAAGCAGUCCAAGGUUGUGCUUUUGGAAGACUUGGCUUCCCAGGUGGGCCUGCGGACUCAGGACACCAUAAAUCGCAUCCAGGACCUGCUGGCUGAGGGGACUCUAACAGGUGUGAUUGACGACCGGGGCAAGUUCAUCUACAUAACCCCAGAGGAACUGGCUGCUGUGGCCAACUUCAUCCGACAGAGGGGCCGAGUGUCUAUCACCGAGCUUGCCCAGGCCAGCAACUCCCUCAUCGCCUGGGGCCAGGAACCCCCAGCCCAGGCCCCAGCUUGACCCCAGCCCUUCCCUCUUGGACUCAGAGCUGGUGUGGCAUUCCUGGGCAUACAUCUUUAUCCCUCCCCACCAUGCUGGGGCAGUGAUGAAAUGUGGCUAGGGAGUUGCAGAUUAAAGGCCUGUGAGCACUGCUGA